AUGCUUGGCAACCGGUUGGGCAGCGGGUUGGGCGCUGGAAGGCCCUCCGACGAGGGAGUGAGGGACACGAAUGACGACGCCCAGCUCAGCAAGCUCUCCUGCGUGCGGCACGGCUACUUCCAGGACUCGUUUGUGCACCACUUUGUGCGGCGGCCCGCCCGCCGCUCGCCCCUGAUCAACCGAGGUGGGACAACUGUCUGGUGCUGCUUGCAGUGCCCAGCGCAGCCCAGCAGCCUGCCCCUCGCGCCCAAGCGGCAGGUGGUGGUGCUGGGGGCGGGCUACGACACAACCUACUUUCAGCUGGCGUCAGAAGGGAUCUAUGCAGACAAGUACAUAGAGCUGGACUUCCGCCAGGCAAGGCCCCUGCGGCUGCCGCUGCCCUCCUGCGGCAUCGCCCAGGCGGGACGGGUGGUCACCGACAGGUACUGCCUGCUGCCCAUCGACCUGCGGGAGCCGUCGCAGCUGGAAGCGGCGCUGGAGGAGGCGGGGCUGGACCCCGCAGCCCCCACCUAUGUGCUGUCAGAGUGUGUGCUAGUCUACUUGCAGCCGCAGCACAGCCGCGAGGUGGUACGGUGGCUGGCGGAGCACCUGGAGUGUGCUGCGAUGGUGGUGUAUGAGCAGAUCCAGCCCCACGAUGCGUUCGGGCAGCAGAUGCUGAUCAAUCUGGAGAGCAGGGGGUGCGCGCUGCUGGGCAUAGAAGCCACGCCGACGCUGGAGGCGCACCAGCAGCGCUUCACCGACUGUGGCUGGCACCGGGCGGAGGCCCACACAAUGGAUCACGUGUACAGCCGGUGCAUCGACCCUCAGGACAAGCGGCGCAUCGAGCGGCUGGAGAUCUUUGAUGAGUUUGAGGAGUGGCACCUGAUACAGGCGCGGCUUUAA